UAUAUAUACAUAAAGAGAGUCAAUAGAAGCAUUUUGACUCUCGUAGGCAAAAGCAUAUUGGAACACGAACGGUUCUUCCAGCAGUCUACUCUCUCUUCACAAACUGAAAGAAAAAGAUGGAAAACGAAGUGGCUCUGCAGAACAAGGAACACCCUGAAAACCCACUUGAAGGAUCUAAAGAUGAAGUUUCUUUUCAGCUUCCAGCUCCACCUUCUUGGAAGAAACUGUUUUCACCAAAGAAGGGAGGUGCACCAAGGAAGAAUGAUAUUGUAUUUAUAGCACCUACUGGUGAGGAGAUCAGUAACAGAAAACAGCUCGAGCAGUACCUAAAAUCACACCCUGGAGAUAUUACAUUAUCGGAUUUUGAUUGGAGUACAGGUGAGACACCCAGGAGAUCUACUAGGAUUAGUGAGAAGGCCAAGGCUACUCCACCACAGGAAGAGCCCCCAAAGAAACGAGCAAGAAAAUCUCCAGGUUCAAAAAAGAAGGAACACAAUGAAACAGAGAAAUCCGACGGUGAAAAGGAAUGUAAAAUUAAAGAUGCUGAAAUGUCUGAGAAGGACAAUGCUGAAAGAGAAAAUGAGAACUCCAAGGAUGAAGAACCUAACAAAGAAGAUGAAACAAAACGAAAAGAACUUGAAACUGCCAAGGGUGAAGAGCCUAAAAAUGAAGAUGAAAAAACAGAAAAAGAAACUGAAACUGCCAAGGAUGAAGAGCCUAAAAAAGUGGAUGAAACCAAAGACAGAGAGAUUGAAGCUUCCAAGGAUGAAGAGGCCAAUAAGGAAGAUAUAGAAUCAAAAGAAACAGAACAGAAAAAUGCCACGGAAACCAAGAACGGGCAGUUAGAUACCGAGGAUGGCAAAAAAGUAGAAGAUCAAAGUCGUGAGAAUGUUCCAAAUCAAGAGGUUGCCACAGCUGGUGAAAAAGUGACUUUGGAGGUUGGUCAAGACAAAGAAAACGGGCCAGAAACUGAAGCAGAGAAAGCUAUCGAUUCAUGCUGUAUGAAACAGGAAAAGCCAAACCUUGGUACUACUAAGGAAAAUGGGGUUGCUGAACAAGAAAAGUGCAGGGGAACCGAAAGACCACCAGCAUCUGAGGGAACAAUCACGGAAAAUAAAGACACACAAAAGCACGAUGGAAAACAUGAAAUCCAGGGUGAGAACAGAGGGAGCGAGAACUUGAGCGAGGUGACUGCAAUCAGUAAGUAAAAUAAGUUAUAUUUCUCCAAUACCCCCUCCCCCACAUCUCCGGUUAUCCUCACAACUUGCACAGCCAAAUGGACUUGCCACCACCCUUUUGUAUGUUGGCUGGUUCUCUCCUUUUGUAACUUUGAAAUUGCUGCAAUGACUGUAAUUUUAAUGUUGUUAAGGCUAGACUUGGUUGGGAAAAAAAAAAAGUUAACGAUUCUGAUGGUAGAUGAGAUGUAGUUUUCCUUUUUUUUUUUUUUUUUUUUGUUUUCUUUUUGGCUUGGUAGAAUCCCAAGCCAACUGACUGUUGUUAUUAGUGAAACUUGAUCACAUGUAGUUUUUGUAUUUCCUUUAUGUCAUAAGUAGGUUAAAUUUACCAUCUCUGACAUCAGGCAUUUGUAUCGUUGGAUUAUAAUAAAUGAAGUAGAAGAAGUUUCCAGUA